AAGCUAGCAUCACGUACGUACGAUCAAGGAGAGUCGCGACGAUCUCUCUGUACAUGGCCAGGUCUCGCGCCGCUGCCGCCGCAAUGGCCAAGCUCAUCUGCUUCCUGGCCGUCGUCGUCUUCUUCCUCGCGCUGGCUGAGGCCAGGGACGUGCCUGCAGCUGCCACUGCCACGACUACGACAGCAGCAGCAACCAAGGUUGGCACGAAGAAGGUGGCGGCGGCGGGGCUGGGCGAGCAGAAGACGUUCCUGCCGCCGGUGGUAGGAGGGUACGGCGGCGGCGUCGGAGGAUUCGCUGGCGCUGGCGGCGUGGGAGGCUUCGGCGGAGCCGUCGGGGGAAUCGGCAGUGCGCUUGGUGGCGUCGGUGGUGGCGUUGGAGGGAUCGGAGGUGUCGGUGGCGGCGUUGGAGGGAUCGGAGGCGUUAGUAGCCUCGGUGGAGCCGGCGGCGGCAUCGGUGGGCUUGGCGGGCUCGGUGGUGGUGGGCUUGGCGGGCUUGGCGGUGGUGGGCUCGGCGGCGGCUCCGGUGGUGGAAUCGGCGGUCUCGGAGGAGGCGGUUUGGGCGGUGGCUCCGGCGGUAUCGGAGGCGGCGGCCUGGGCGGUGGCUCCGCUGGUCUUGGAGGCGGUGGUGCCGGCGGGCUCGGCGGUGGCAUCGGCCAUGGUGGCGGCGGCGGUGGAUGCAUCCACCCGUGAUCCGUGCGUGCAUGAAUGCUCGCUUCUUGACGACGGAGUCAACACUGAUCUGGUCGCUGCAUGCAUGGAUUUGACUGUCGCUACGUACGUGCCUACUCGUAGUAGCAAGUGUUCAUCAUGUAGCUUGUGCUAAAAUGUCUCGUUCGUGCGUGCGUGUAGUUCGUGUGGGAAUAAGAGGGUGCUAAUUAAUCAAGCUACAGCAGCUUGUAAUUAGCCUUAGCUUCAUGUUUGAACCAUGCAUGCAUGGUGCUAGCAGCUGUUUUCGAUAUUUUUCU